AUGGCCAAGCCAAGAUUAAUCAUCCUCGUCCGCCACGGACAAUCUGAGGGCAACAAGAACCGUGAUAUUCACCAGUCCGUGCCUGAUCACCGAGUAAAGCUCACACCAGAGGGCUGGAACCAGGCCCACGAUGCUGGCCGCCGUCUUCGUGAACUGCUCCGCCCCGACGACACCCUCCACUUCUUCACAUCCCCCUACCGCCGAACCCGGGAGACAACAGAAGGCAUCCUCGACAGCUUGACUUCAGACGACCCCAAGCCGUCUCCUUUUCGCCGAUCUAACAUCAAGGUGUAUGAGGAGCCCCGGUUGCGUGAGCAGGACUUUGGCAACUUCCAACCAUGCAGCGCCGAGAUGGAACGCAUGUGGCAGGAGAGAGCCGACUACGGCCACUUCUUCUACCGCAUCCCCAACGGAGAGAGUGCCGCCGAUGCCUACGAUCGAAUUAGUGGUUUCAACGAGAGUCUUUGGAGGCAAUUUGGCGAGGACGACUUUGCCAGUGUCUGUGUUCUCGUCACCCACGGACUCAUGUCCCGUGUCUUUCUUAUGAAAUGGUACCAUUUCACUGUCGAGUACUUUGAGGAUCUCCGCAACAUCAACCACUGCGAGUUCCUCAUCAUGCGCAAACAGGAGGAUAACGGCAAGUACCUUCUUGAGAACAACCUUCGCACUUGGUCUGAAUUGCGACGCGAGCGCAAAGACAAGGAAGAGAGGGAGAGGGAGAAGGACAGCACCAAGCUUCAGCGCACCAAGACCUUUGUCGUCACCCGUCGCUGGGGUGGGUGUCCUAACGGCUGCGAUCAUAGCCGCCACUAUGUCAAGCGCGAAGACCUCGAAAUUAUGCGCAAAAAGGAUCAUGAGAAUGGAGGCCCGACCCCCUACGGAGAGGCUAACAGCCCGGGCGGCGCUUUGACGGGAGGUCGGAAACAAAAAUCUCAACUUGCCUUGGCUAUCGCCGCCAGCAGCAGUGAGAAAGCCACUCCCGACGCUACAGAUGACGGCGGCCCGGAGAUCGACAUCACGGCGAACCACGAGGGCAAGUCGGUUUCUGAUCUUAUGGACACCCCCUCGAUAAUAUCAUCAGAAGAUCACGUUCAAUCUCCUUACCUGCACGUUGGCCGUGAUGGUGGCGGCACCUACUCAGGCCAUACAUCCGCUGCUGAAACCGACGACUCCUCGGAAGAUGAAAACACAAGUCUGCAGCGCAUCGCAUCUCUCAACGCUCACCUCAAGACCUUGGCAGAUGAGAACUCCAACAACGGGGCGCCUCCCAAAGCCGGCCCUGAGCGCUUGACAUAUGCCACUGAUAAGAAUGGCCCAGAAGAGUUCCCCCGGUCUAACCGCCUGGGUGAUGCCUCCCCUGAGUCAUCAGAGGGCGAGGGCGAGCGCCUUGAGGAUCUGGACCAUGCUGAACAUGAGGACCGCAGCAUUCAUGGCAGCGUCUACUAA